ACCACUUUCCAUAGGAUUCUCGUUCCCUAAACCACCUCACCUCUCUUUCACAAGGCAUAAGCUAGCUUUUAUGCUUUGCCCAAGUUUUAAAAGCAACUGUGUGUGUGUCUGUGUGUGUGAGAGAGAGAGAGUGAAACAGAGAGCUUGCUUAAUGGGGAAGAAGCAUGGCGGCUUGGGUUUGCUCUUCUUCAAGCUCAGGGACGACUCACCAAAGUCUCUUCCUCCGCGCCUAUCUCCCCCCUCUGCCUAUUCUUCUGACCCCGACUCCUGUUUCGACUGCCCCUGGCCGGAGGAGUUAGACGUCGGCGAGAAGGAGGUGCUGCGCAUGCGUUCGGACCGGCUCUUCUUCGACCUGGGCGGCGACAGCAGCUCGAUCAUGGAGGAGGCGAUGCCGACGGCCACUGAUGAGGAGGAGAAAGAGGAGGAAUCGCCGUUCGAGGACAGCGUAGCUGUGGCGGUGGAGUCGGAGAACCCGUACGGCGACUUCCGGAGGUCGAUGGAGGAAAUGGUGGCGGCGCAGGGCCUCGGCGCCGGCGACUGGGAGAGGCUGGAGGAGCUGCUGUGUUGGUACCUGAGGGUGAACGGGAGGAAUACGCAUGGGUUCAUAGUUGGAGCCUUUCUGGAUUUGCUUGCGGCCAUUGCCGCUUCCUCCUCUGCUUCCUCUUCUUCUUCUUCCUCUUCUUCUUCAUCAUCAUCAUCAUCUUCUUCUUCCUCCUCCUCUGCUUCUAAUUCUUUCAAGGUUGAAGAAUCAACAGAGGAGGAAACCAAUGAGCCAAAUUAAUUAACGAUCGGCAUAUCUACAAGUUAAUUUCUGAGUUAAUCAUUUUGUACAUCGCUAGAUUGUCUCUUUAAUUUCCUCUCAGAUUUCGAUGUCGUUGGCUUGCAGUUCCUCUCGUUCAGUUAGAUCAACGAGAACGCAAAACGAUAAUUAUCUUGUGAAUGAAAGUUAUGAAAA